UUAUGAAGCUGCUUUGCGGUAUUACGUUGUUUUUAGCAAUUGUUGUUGCCUAUUACAUCUACAUCCCAUUGCCCAGGACAAUUUCAGAACCAUGGAAACUGAUGGUGUUGGAUGCAGCAUUCCGGGGGGUUGUGUGGAUGGGAGAUGUUUCUCACUCACUGGGCCUGAGCCAUAGUGUCCAUGUUAUCAACUCUGCUGUGAUCGAUUUUGAAAGUCUAGUACCAGUCACAAACAUCAAGAUUCAGGUUGAAGAUACCAUAUUUGAUGGAGUUCAUGUGCGUGUAUACCACCCUCCUGGAAAAGAAGGAAAGCUAAGGAGAGCAGUGGUGUUUAUCCAUGGAGGUGGAUGGUCCCUGGGUGCACCAAAGUUGGGGUCAUAUGACAGUCUGUGUAGAAAAAUGGCAGCUGAUCUGAAUGCAGUGGUUGUAACGGUGGACUAUCGCAUGGCUCCGGAUGUGCACUUCCCAGUGCAGUAUGAGGAGUGUGUGCAGGCCACUAAGCACUUCCUGAGGCCAGAUGUGCUGUCGCAAUACUUAGUCGAUACAGAGCGAAUAGCAGUGUGUGGAGACAGUGCUGGAGGGAACCUGGCUGCUGCUGUGGCUCAAAGGAUUGGAAUAGAUGACAGUACCUCAGUGAAGUUCAAACUUCAGGUCUUGAUCUAUCCUGUGCUCCAAGCAUUAGACUUCAACACAGCUUCCUAUCAGCAGAACCAGAAUGUUCCCAUAUUGUAUCGCACACUAAUGGCUCGUUUCUGGUUGGAGUACCUAGGUGCCAACCCUGACCUCAUUCACUCUAUUAUUACUAACAACCACACAGCCCAAGACCAGAACUACGUGUCCCUGAGCCUUUCAAAACUUGAUUGGACCAUUCUCCUCUCUAAACGAAUGAUAAAACAGUACAAGCCGGUUUUCCCUGUGACUGGGUCUCCCAGUAUCUUAAAGGAGGUACCAGCAUUAUUGGAUGCCAGAGCCGCACCGUUACUUGCAGAAGAAGAAGUUUUGCGUAUGGCGCCGCAUGCUUAUGUUCUGACCUGUGAGCAUGAUGUUUUGAGGGAUGACGGGAUCAUGUAUGCCCGGAGGCUGGAGCUGGCAGGGGUCUCUGUUACAAAUGACCAUUAUGAAGAUGGUUUUCAUGGCUGUGUGAGCUUUGCUUUCUGGCCCAGCUACUUCUCUGUGGGAAUAAGGGCAGUGCAGAAUUAUAUAGCUUGGCUUGAUGACAAUUUGUAAUUCUUUGACCUGCAUGAUAUUUGUUACAUAUUUGCGAAAAAGCAGAUAAUGCUGUCUGUUAUUACACACAUUUGUCCAUUAAGUUCAGUCAUUUGCAACAAGACUGAGGAGUUGUGGUUUAUAUAUUGUAGAUAGAGUAAAGUGGCUUAAAGGCUCAUAUUAAGGAAUUAGAGUAAUUCAUGUUCUGCUUUUAGAUAAUGGUAAACACGUAAUAGUAUUACUAAUGUACUAAGAACCAAAUGCCAAGGGAAUUCCUCUUGAAACUGUUGUUCUUACAUCACUACAGCUAAAGUAAAAAACAUUUGGUCAUCAUGUUGUUACCAAACAUGUAUGAAUUUCUUUCUUCCAGGAAACACAAAAGGAGAUGUAAAGCAUAAUGUUUAUUUUUAGUCACUGUUCACUUUCAUUGUAUAGGAAAAAAAGGUGCAAUGAAAGGGAAUGGUGAUUGAGGCACAUAUUCCUAACAUCUCCCUUUGUGUUCCAUGGAAGGAAAGUCAUGCAGGUUUGGAACAACAUAAUGGUGAGUAAAUGGUGACUGAAUUUUCAUUUUUGAAAGAUCUGUUUAACCUAGGUGAGUAUGUGCACAUUUAAGCCAUACUUUAUUAAUUGUCAGUCAAGAGCAUAGGCAGGAAAUUACUUUUGGGUGGGCUUCAUUAAAAAUGGAUGGGCCAAGUUUUCACCCAAUUCUUUUCUUUUUACCAAAUUUUCCUUAUCAACAGAGAAGCGGCACAUUCAAACAGUUCUUUCACACAUUCAGAAAUCAGAUUUAUGCAUUUUUAAACUGUUUUUCUAAAUAUAUAUUUUAAGUCAAAGACUAAUCUCUAAUAUUCUGGGUGGCCCACACUUGGCUACGCCACUGCUGUCAAUUUACUGAAUGGUUAAAAUAUCAUUACUACUAAUACUGUUAUUAACUAAAAAAAAAAUGUCACCAUAAAAUCCAUAACAUUUGUGUUAGACUUACAGUUUACUUUGAAGAUCUGAAAUGGAGGCAGAAAUUAUCACAUGCUUACACUGAAAUAUUAUGAGUGAAUAAAGGUGUAUGCAUUGGUGCCGCAUGGAAGAUUAAAAUAAUAUUCCACCAAGUUCGAUUUAAUUGUACAUUAUCUAUUAUUAUAUUUAAAAAUAUGAAUGUCAGAGCAUUUUUUGUUUGUCAAACCAAGGGCAAAGAUUUUACUGCUGCUUUUCCCAUUCCCUAAUGACAAAGAACAACUACCUUUAGCUUUACCACCUUUAUGUUCCUUUUAUAAGCGCAUUAAAGGGAUUAUUAUUAAAACAAAAGUCUGCCAUCAUUUAAUCACUCUCAUGUUAUUCCUGUAUGACGUUCUUCCUUGUAAAACAAAUGGAGGCAGAACAUUCGUCUCAGACACCAUUCACAUUCAUUUUAUUGAAGAAAAAAAAAAGAUGCAAUGAAAGUAAAUGGAGACUAACAUUCUGCAUUACAUCUCCUUUGGUGUUCCUUGGAAGAGAGAAAGUAAUACAGGUUUGGAAUAACAGGACAAUGAGUAAAUGUUGACAGCACUUUCAUUUUUGGUUGAGAUUUCCAGACUGAACCUCUAUGAUAAAAGUUUGUUGGAUGGUUUUGCUACCUAAAGUCUUCCUAACUCCUACAUGCUGAGCUUCAGAAAGUGAUAUUUUUCAAAGUGAAAUAUCACAUGAUGUUCAAAUGUGAUAUUUUAGUCAUUUAUUGAGAUCCUGUAUUGCCUAUCAAAAUACAUCUUUAAGAUUCGAAUUAUUUACAUUUCAUUGAAGUACGUCUAUAAAUACUGGCAAUAAUGCCACAAUUCGGUCUAGGUUAUGAACUACUGCCGACCAUAAAACCUGAGUAUGCACUGACUACCCAGCUCUGACUUGAGUGCAGUUAAUUUAAUGACUGCAAUGAAACCUAAGCUUACUAAAGGUCUUAUAGGAUAUACACAAUCAAAUAAGUUUAGUGCAUUUGACACCAAAUACAUGAGACACACACGUUUGAAAAACAAGAAAUAAAAAACUAUAAUUUAUUUUUGUUGCAAUUUCCAUUAUUUAAAUGUGGCAGUGAAUAAACCGGCAAUAAUAAGAGGUUCUCCAGUAAUUCAAAUUCAAGAAACUAAGAUCUCAGUUCAAGUAAUGACCAUUGAAAAGCAAAAGGUGGAAACAAUAACAACUCUACCAAACCAAAGGAUUUGAAAACACAACAAAAUUUCCCACUAAGAUCUAAGACGAUUUUCAAUAUUUGGUCAAAGGCCCUACUGAUAGUGUUUUCAAGCAUAUUUAAGGAUACUGAUGAAGCACUGUCUACCCUGCUUCAUUAUAUAAAACGUGAAACUGUAAAGACAUGUUCACUGACCUUUCUCAACACAUAUUUCUAGUUUUGGUCCCUAGGACAGGAAUCACAACACAACAGCAAGACAACACUAACAACUAUCCAGGGUCAGCAUACUGAGGGAUCAAUGGGUGCUAAAAAGGUGCUCAGGCAAAUGCUUAAACAAAAACCACCUUGAAUGUCUUUUUUUUUAGGGGGAAGGGUUGUUGUUUAUCUAGUAUUGAUACUUUGAUUCUCAUAUUGCUUUAAAAAUAUCACUG